UUCUAAACAGAGGCUGGGAUGGGAUGAAAGUGGAUUCCAAUUCUAGGAGGUGCCCGGGGGAAGAACCAAAGAGUAACUGUGGGUUUGGUGGGAGCUGCAGGACCAGGUCACAGGGUGGCCUGAGUGACGUCAGAGCCAGGCAAGGCCAUCUGCCAGCCCAGUGGUCUGAGAGUCCUGGUGCCAACGGGAGCCCAGGACCUGGAGUAGAGACAGAAGGGCCGCGGGACCCUGGAGCCCUUUUAUGUUGGCGGAGCCUGGGUUCUUCCCGCAAGAAAAGGCACCCGAGUUGGAGUAUGCAGGGGCUUCCAAGAGUUCUUUCCACUCUCUUCCCUGGACUGGCUCCAUCUCACUCUACCUACCACCAGCACCCAACAGGGAACUUCUGGCCACACUCCAUAGGGUCAGGCUUUUUGCACGACUUCUCUCCAUUUGGGCACACGCUGGAUGAGAAAUUUCUAAAAGAUGCCUUUGGCUCACCUCUCUCAGCAUCCUUGAAUUUGAUUGUCUUACGCCUGGGCAACCGGGGAUUGGCAGUCACUUCUGCCAGGAAGCCGGAGCUACAGAAACCCAGGCUGCUACCCCUGCUCCUAAGGACUAGCUUCAGCUCCUGGUUCUCCUGGAUGAGCUGCACAAGCCGCCGUAGCUCUUCAUUCUCCUGUGCCAGCCGCUGGAUCUCCUGUCGCAGGCCCUCAUAGCUGCUGAGAAGGGACAUGCCCAGGAGCGGGCACAGCAGCUGCCCAGUGGCCAGUGGGCUGGCCAGGAAAAGGAGACUCUGCCAUUGUGAGGUCAGCAUCUGACCCCCCACCUCUGCAUUCCAAGACUGCCAAGGCCCAGUCUGCAGCAGGUUUCAACUGAUUUCUGAUUUCUGGCUCUGAAGCUUGGACCACCAGUGAUGCCCAGACACUGCCAUGGGCCUUUUGAUUCCUUUAUUAAGCUCUUCCUGGAAGAUAGAAGUUUCUCUGCCCCAGCCCAGCUUAGGUGUGUCACAGGGGAUAAUUUGGGCAUCUCUACCAUUCACUGCCACUGGCCACUGACUAUAGCACCUUGGUCUCUACGUGAGAUUAUGGAUCUGGGCAAGUGGGUGUGAUAUCUGAGGCUGGUGGUAGUGCAGCAUCCAAGUAGGUCCAAGUAGGUCGGAGUGGGGGGCAUUGGGGCUACCCUGAAAGGGUUUGUGUCAGGCCUCAUGUUAGAUGGAACUGGACAGCCGUGACCAGGGCAGGUAUAGUCUUAAUAGACUGAAGAAUUCAGUGGGUACAUGGAAAGUGCUGAUGACAAAGAACUUGGACCAAGCAGCACUGGUCUCACCCACAAUGACAACGGAUUUGCUUUUUACACUGGACUUUUAGAAAGGACUUUCUUCCAUCCAGUCUGUCUUGUCAAAGUACAAUUCUGUGCGGUCCCUUUGAUUUCCUAACCGUUCCUUCAUUGUUGUUUCCUUCAGAUCAUUUCCCUUUUGCUUGCUUGGCGAGUAUAGCUUUCACUUAUUCAUGUACAGGCUCUCCGUGGAUCUCCAUGUCCUUUCCACAGCCCAGGAAACUCUUGGCAAGAGUCCUUCGUUUGUGGUGAUGUAGAGGAUGGGGAAGAAUCACCUAGAGCUAUGCUGCAGGAGACUGGAUACCACUGAGCCAUCUCUCUAGUCCCAAGCACUGACAAUUUAAAUAAUUCUACAAGGAAACAACCUUAAUCCCAGGAAACACAGGAUGUUUCAGACACAGAGAUUUCGCCCCAUAUGAACGGCAGGCCCGAUGAGAUUAAGCACCCAGACAGACAUUCUGAACAUAGGAGGUGAACUGGAUUGGUUAGAAUGUCAGGAAGGCCCUGGUAAAGUUCCUGCCGUAGACCCUACCACUGUUUUAAGACCUGCGCAUAGGCUGGCCUUGAGUCUCACGACAGUUAGCUUAUGUUAUUGGCACAUCAGAGGGAUAAAGGCAAAUUAUCUCAGGUAUGUCAAAUGUCAUCCAUGGGCCCUUUGAGGAACAGUUCUCUUCUGAGCAGAGACUCAGGGUCGAAAGAGAGGCUAUGAAACAGAAAUGCUCACCAGGUGGGCACACACCUUUAAUCUCAGCAGUGGCAGAGGCAGGUGAAUCUCUGAG